CGCGUUCCACUGGGACGGUUUAAUUGAAAGCUCGGACCACCUUUGACAUCCUUGCUGCCACUUGAGCUCCAACUGGCAACAUUCACAACGUUCACAACUAGGUGAAUAACAAGAGACUGUACGAAGUCCAUGUGUUCACUGGCUACCCAAUACCACAACACCCCUCAUUCACACAGUCCAACCCAUCCUCUCCUCGCAGUUCCUCGCAGUUUCCUCGCAUUCUGCAAUAACCAGCCCUUCCCAAUCGAGACUCCCACCAGGGGUUCUCACCUCAAUCUGUACAACCCUAACCCAAUUCAGCCAAGCGUAACGGGCUGGUGGGGCCGUCUUGCGCAUCUUGCGGCCAGAUCGUCCGCCAUUUGAUCACCAACCUUUUUGCGCUUGCGACGACACCACCGUUAUCUUUUUCUGUGCGGCCGUUGCAAAUUUGGUGGUUGGGCCCGUCUUGACCCUCAUGAAUCGACAAAGGGGUCUUUUCCGCUCUCCUCCUGCUCCCCCCGUCAAAUAAUAGAUAUACCUAUUUAAUUUCAAAUAUCUACCUGCCUGGUGCCCCAUCAUGAGUGGCUUAAUCUUCCUCGUCGUGACCUCGGUGGUCAUGGCCGUGGCCUCCUUCCUCGCCGGCGCACUCCCCUUAUCCAUCAGCCUCACCCAAUCCCAACUCCGUUUCGUCGCCUCCCUCGGCGCGGGUCUUUUAGUUGGAUCAUGCCUUAUAGUCAUUGUCCCCGAGGGCAUAGAAGCUAUCGCCUCCGCCUCCUCCGACCAUCACCACGACGAUAAUGCCCCGCACCGUCACCGUCGCGAUGAUCUCCCUCAGACCGAAGACGACGAGCUCCCAGCCUUCCACAUCGGCCUCUCCCUCAUCCUCGGCUUCGCCCUCAUGUUCCUCAUCGACCGCCUCCCCCGCCAUCUAACAGACCGCUUCACCCCUCCCCCCCAAUCCCGCCACGUAUCCCUCGACAACCUCUCCACUCACCAACCCGAUUCCGACCUCGAAGACGAGUCCUUCCUCGGGGGUUUGACACCCUCUCCGAAACAAUCACGAUCACUAGCAACGACAAUAGGACUGGUGAUCCACGCGGCAGCAGACGGGGUUGCGAUGGGGGCGUCAGCGACAACAUCAAACAUGAACGUCGGCCUGAUCAUCUUCUUCGCCAUUCUGGUCCACAAGGCCCCCGCGGCGUUUGGGCUCACGUCUACGCUGCUUAAGCAAGGGUUGAGCAAACGAGCGGCGAGGGUGCAUCUCAUGGUGUUCAGCCUGGCGGCGCCGGUGGGGGCGCUGGUGACGUAUUUCAUGGUGGGCAUGCUGGGGGGGGAGCAUUUGGAGGGGAGGAGGGGGGGGAAGUGGUGGACGGGGAUGCUGCUCUUGUUCAGCGGGGGACGUUUUUGUAUGUGGCUAUGCAUGCUAUGCAGGAGGAGAAUUCUUUUGGGGUUGGGGGGCAUGAUCAUGCUGGGCAGGGAGGUGGAGGGGGUUAUUCAGAGGUUGGGAAUGGGGGGAAUAGGAGGGGGGGGAGGUUGGAGUUGAGGGAUACUUUGGGGACGGUGGUGGGGAUGUUGCUGCCUUUGGCGACGAGGUUUGGGCAUCAUCAUCAUUAGGGGGAGGAGAGGUGAUGUGUGGUUUUUUUUUUCUUCCAGAUGGCGUUAUUGGGACAAGGGCGGGCUUGGAUAGCGAUGUUUAUUGUUUCUGUGGGAUAAAAAGGGGGGUGAUGGGUGUGUAUGAUUAUCAGCGUAGCAGUGGGGUUGAACGAAAGGCGUUGUUUUUACUAGGUAAGGGUCUAAAUGUACGACUACCACUACCUUGCUUGAUCAUAUCAGGUUUCUUUUCCUGGCUUUAUCAUUGGUAUAUGGGAAUGUAUGCUUACUCGUUCUGGAGACCUAACGUGUGUGUAAGAUUUGGACUUCACACAUCGGUUCGGAAAGCAGGUCUCGAGUCAGGUUGUACAAAGUCGUCCUUUCCUUCCGUACCUUGAUUACGGGCCCGAAAUAAACCGGCCACAUCCAUGGAGGAAGGGCCUGUAGGUCCGCAGGGUCAGGGGGAAAUCCAUACAGGAUUCUGAGAUGGAUGGCUGAAAAUGUUGCUCUUCGAAGCUACUACACUAACAAAGUUGGUGGUGAGGUGGGUGGUGUGGAUAUGCUUGUGC